CCAACGUGGAUCCAAUAGACUCCUCUUCUACCUUAUCUUUUCUUCAUAAUCUAAUCUUUACAUCAUCCAAUUUCUGAUUUCAUAAGAAUCUUUUUAACAAAAUUUCUUCAUCACAUAACUCUUCCUUAUACUUUCUCCUACACCCACAUAUUUCCCAACAUCCAACACCAAAAAAACAAACAGAGGUGGUGUAAGUGACUAAGUUUCAAAUACUGAGAAAAAAUGGCAUCCACUUCAUGUUUCUUACAGCACCAUGUAGCCAUCUCUAGCCCAUCCUCUGGUCGAAACCCGACACAACGCUACCAGGCCGUUAGCGUCAAGCCUAACCAGCUUGUCUGCAAGGCUCAGAAGCAGGAUGAUGAGUCUGCUGUCAACCUUAACAGUAGCGUGUCGAGGCGAUUGGCACUUACUGUUCUUAUUGGUGCUGCUGCUGUUGGCUCUAAGGUCUCCCCUGCUGACGCUGCCUAUGGUGAAGCUGCUAAUGUAUUCGGGAAGGCAAAGACAAACACGGACUUCUUGCCUUACACUGGUGAUGGAUUCAAGUUGUCGGUCCCUUCGAAAUGGAAUCCGAGCAAAGAAGUAGAGUACCCGGGUCAAGUUUUGAGAUUCGAGGACAACUUUGAUGCCACCAGCAAUUUAGCUGUUAUGAUCACCCCCACUGACAAGAAAUCCAUCACUGAUUAUGGUUCCCCUGAAGAAUUCCUUUCACAAGUGAACUACUUGUUGGGCAAACAAGCUUACUUCGGAAAGACUGAUUCAGAGGGUGGUUUCGACUCAGAUGCUGUUGCAACUGCAAACGUACUUGAAAGUAGCACCCCAGUUGUGGAUGGGAAGCAAUACUAUAGCGUGACGGUUUUGACAAGAACAGCUGAUGGUGAUGAGGGUGGCAAACACCAAAUUAUUACGGCCACAGUGAAGGACGGUAAGCUUUACAUAUGCAAGGCUCAAGCUGGAGACAAGAGAUGGUUCAAGGGUGCAAGGAAGUUCGUCGAGAACGCUUCCAGCUCUUUCAGUGUUGCUUAAAUAAUGUAAAUUGAUUUGAGAAAUUUCUAUUUGUAAAUCAACAUCUCAACUCCUUUUGGGCUUUCUAGUUUAUCAGCUCAUUUUUCUUAAGGAGAAGUAUCCAUAUAUAAAUACCGAAUUUCAAAGUUGCAAAUAGCAAUAAGUUAAUUUUCCCAAAA